UACAAAGUUAAACUGGUGUCAUAGCAACUUUACUUGUUUGAUUGUUGAUUUAGCAUUGAAUGUAUGAAAGAACAUACAUGUAUAUCAAAGAUCUAACUAGAAUCUUUGCUUUGUAAUGACCCAGUAACCAAGGGAGAGACCAAACACAAGCUUUGGCAACACUGUACCCAAACAGUAAUAAAGCUCCUUUGAAUUUGAAUUUGAGAGAGAGAGAGAGAGAGAGAGAGAGAUGGUGGCACUGAAAAAGGAAAUCAAAGAACUGAGAAGGGAAAGGGAGGAAUUCAUCAAACAGCUCUCCCUGAUGUCAGAGGAGAUCAGACAGUUGAGAGUAGACAGCGAGUCUCAUUCAAGUCUACUGUCAUGCCUGACGGAGAAGCUGACGCUGUCACUCAGUGAAAAGCAAGGGGAGAACUUGGACAAGUCUCCAGACAGUUGCCCUCUUCGCUGUGUACUGAACGAGCAGACUGAAACUCCUCUUCCCUCACAAACUCCUGCCUCGCCUACCACUUCAAGUCCCACCCAGAUCAUUCUCCUCAUGGACUCCAACGGCAAUUUUGUGGAAGAGAAGAAAUUGUUCCUACACCAUCGGACAAAAAAGUUAUGGUGUCCUAACACUAAGAAAGCCUUGGAUCUUCUUUCAGUGGAGCAGUUGGGCAAUCCAAGCCACAUAAUCAUUCAUACAGAAACAAACGACCUGAGAACUGAACAGGAGAGAGUUGCCCUAUCACUCAAGAACGUGAUGGAGAAGGCAUCCUCCAACUUCCCUGAGGCCAUCGUGAUGGAGAAGGCAUCCUCCAACUUCCCUGAGGCCAGAGUUGUUAUCUCCACACUGCUGCCAAGAACAGACUUCCACCCUGACACCAUCAACAGGAUUAAUGCAAGCAUAUCCAGAGACUGUGCCAUGAAGCAAAAUGUUUUUCUGGCUCACCACCCCUUGCUUAAUCACAACAACCUCCUUGAUCAUGUCCACCUGCACAAAGAGGCUGUCCCAUCCUUUGCAAAGACUCUGAAAGACGUCGCUCUCAACCGCACCAUCCAGAGAACCUCCCUGCCACACCACCACCAGACAGGCCACCCUGUUCACCACCAACAUCAGAGGCACUGGGGCAACUCCACAGUUAGAGACCUCCUCAACAUGGCCAUUCCACAAGCAGACAAAAGCAUCCAGCAUCCCAAAGAUCAGCUCCUGCCCAACAGUACAGUACAACCUGGUACAGGAUCAGCAGAGCUUCACUCAGAACCAGAACCUGAGUUACGCUCAAGCUGUCAGCGGAGCAUCAGUCCCCCAUACAACCAUUCCUCCCCCCAUUAUAGACCCAUCCACAUCUUACCCAUCACCACCCCCAUCUACAGAACUGAAAGACAUCCAACAAAUGCUCAGCCGUCUAUGUUAUCAUCUCAUGGGUCAGUGCUGCAGGACUUCCAGCUACUGUUUGGAGAAGAUAUUUCCUCUCAAUUUAUGGAAGUGGGGAAUUUUUCUCCAGAAAUCGUCAAAGGAUCCAAGAACCUCACCAAGACACCCAUGUUGGACUCUUGA